GCACAAUGCAUCAGAAGUCUGACAACAUGUCAGCAAGAACCUCUUAAGAAAGGUGAUAUGCCUAUCAAAAUGGAAAACCCAUACAAGACCCCCCCAAAAACUUGCAUCCUGUGCAAUAUAACGGUAGACUUCAGAAACGUUCAGCUGUUGUCUCAGUUCAUUUCACCACACACAGGCAGAAUAUAUGGCAGACACAUAACAGGCUUGUGUGGUCGAAAGCAGAAAGAAGUAUCAAAGGCAAUAAAGAAAGCUCGUUCAAUGGGUUUUAUGUCAGUCACUCUGAAGGAUCCACAGUUUAUUAAAGACCCUGAUAUUUGUGGUAUCAAACAUUUUGAAUAGGUUCUGUAUGAAGACUGACACUGCAGACCAGCCUUUUGUUUCUGUAAAUCUGUGCUUUGUAAAAUACAUAAAAUGGUGAAAAAUAAAGUGGAACAUAAUUAUAACCUGAUGAACCUGAAAUCCAUGGAGUAUUA